CAGCGCUGUCAAGUUGUUUUGGUAGGUCUUCGAUUUUUAUUAUCCAUAGCAGAUGCUAGACUUGAUUCUGUUACUUAUGCGGACAAAUACACUACAAGGAAAAUUGCUGCGAUAUUGGUAUUAAAGAAAAGGCCAGGCGAUUUUAACCAGGCGUUGAUGGAGCUAGGUGCAACUGUUUGCACUCCACAGAAUCCUCAAUGUGGAUCUUGUCCUUUACAAAGCAACUGUUAUGCUUUUACACAACGAGACGUCUAUUCACGAUUAAAAGCAGAGAAGUUCUGGGAACAAAAGAAGCGCAAACGGGAGGAAAUGGAACAUGAGUGCGCUCAUUGCCCUGAAAUACAAACAGUCUUGCGCGAAGACGAAGAUUAUGCUGUCACUAGAUAUCCUGCAAAGCCAGAAAAGAAGAAGCCUCGAAAUGAAGAAUGCGCAGUCUAUAUCAUCCAACUUGAUUCUAAGUUCUUGAUUUCCAAAAGGCCGGAUACGGGAUUAUUGGCAGGGCUAUGGGAAUUUCCAAGCUUAGAAUUGGGAAGUUUAACCACAACUUACAAUGAACGAGCAGUCAAGGCAAGCGACUAUCUAUGCGAACGUUAUGACCUGGACAUCACUGCAAAGGGAGCAGUAUCACAGAGACAGGAUCUUGGAAACGUUGUGCAUCUUUUUUCCCAUAUUCGCAAGGUGUAUCAUGUCGAAUGGAUCCAUGUUUCGGAGGGAACUGUUGUGGAUGACAAAGAACAAGUCAAGUGGGUCACCAGCGAUGAGUUGAAAACUUCACCUAUUCCUACAGGACUAAAAAAGGCUCUUUAACUGAAGGUUUAUCUUGUUUGAGUGUGAAAUUAAACGGGGAACCACUGUAUAUA